UUUACAAAAAUAUCGAUGUUUUCUUCAAAGAAGGAAGAAACGAGUUUCUAAUUAGAUUUUUCUUCAAUUCCAGUUUAGACAUGAAUCGUAUUAGCUUUUAUGCGAUUAAUUAAAAGUAGAAAAAAUAAGCCACAUUUUUUCGUAGAAAUGAAAUCAAUGAAGGAACCAAUUGCCGUAAGCUAUAGCUGACAUCGAACCGUAUCUAUAACAUGUAAAAUGGUACGAACGACGUCACGUGAUAGAAUUUUGAACUUUCCACAGAAAUACUCUCUGCGCAUAAUUUCUAGUAUUAGUAGUAUUUGACGAAAUGAUUCGCAUUGUAUGCAGUGUUGGAACAGAAAAUGGAUAGCCUUCAUGAACACGUGACUAUAAAAACUGAGCCGGUUGACAGUUAUGAAAACACGCACUACGAAAAUGUAGUUGUAAAAGAGGAGCCGGUUGUGAAGAACGAAACUCUUUCAGACGAUGAAUUUACGUAUUCAUCAACAUACAACCGAACGAUAAUUAAAGAGGAAGUGGAUCUCGAUGCAGAUGAACCAAUUGAAGAAUCAAACGAAGAAGAUUACGAUUAUGAAAUCUAUGAAAUUUAUGAAUUCGAAGAAGAAGAUGACACGGAAAUAGAAAUAUUAACAUCUCCAUCUGAAAGUGGGGAAAAGCCUCUUGAUGUUAGAUAUUAUAGUCGAGAGGAACUAGUGGCUGAAUCUCUUCAAAAGAAAAAGAAGGAACCAAAAAAUUUAGAAAAGGUUCAAAAAAUUUUAUCAAAAUCUAAAGUUAAUGCCACUUUAGCAAAACAAGAUAAAAAAGGGCUGUACAUGUGUAAUCAGUGUGACUUUAAAAGGCCCAAAGAAGCAGCUAUAUAUAGACAUGAAAUCACUAAACAUACACCAGAAAGAGAUGAAAAUGAUCUGAUGACUUGUAAAAUAUGUGGGAGGAAAUAUGCUAAAAUACAAAAAAUUAUUAAUCAUCUCUAUGGUUGUAACAGAACACAACUUUUGUUUGCUUGUCGAAUCUGUCCCAUGACUUCCAAUCGCAGACAUAGAUUGAUACAGCAUUACAAUCGAGUUCAUAAGGCACUGGGUUCUGAAGUUUUGGAACAAUUUUUGUCUAAAUUAAGACUGAAUAGAAAUAAAUUAAUUAGAAAUGGUGAUAUGAAGUAUGUUGAUAUUGAGGCUUUACCAAAACAUGAAGAAAAUGUUUCAAAUUUCAUGUGGAAAUAUUGCCAAAAUUGUGAUAAAUUAUAUGAAAGAGGUGCAGCUAAUUUGUUAAUUAAAUGUGAAGUUUGUGACACUACUUUUAUCUUUAAAUGUAAAUUAUGUGAUAAGAUAAUGCAAGAUCGCUGCAAUGCUUAUCGUCAUGUAAAAGAAGAAAUCUCUAUUGCUGUGUAUAAAUGUGCCCACUGCGAUUAUUCAUCAGAGCGCAGAGCAACUUUACGAAAUCAUAUUUCAUCAAAACAUCCAGUUUUUGGGUCAAAUGAAUCUUAUAAAUGUGGUCAAUGUGGCAAGAUACGAAUAGGUGAACAAAGUUAUAAGUAUCAUUUGAAAGUUUGUAUGAGAAGAUUUGAGUGCAUUUAUUGUUCAUUCUCAACCAAUAUAAGAAAGCAGUUAAGAAUUCAUUUGUUAAGGCAUGCUGAUUAUUUUACAGGACCUAAUUCAAAUAAAGAAUUUUAUAAUGUUGAUUAAUAUAUAUAUAUAUUUGGA